AUGCUGCAGGAUAAGGGCCUGUCCGAGAGCGAGGAGGCCUUCCGGGCCCCGGCCCCAGCGCUCGGGGAGGCCAGUGCGGCCAGCACGACCAACCCCCGGGAGCCGGAGCUGGCAGGGCCGGGUCUCAGCGGAACCCCGCUCGGCAGUCCCCGGGGCCCCGGCGCCGACGUCGCAGCAGCUGCCACAGCCGAGCAGACCAUCGAGAACAUCAAGGUGGGACUGCAUGAGAAGGAGCUUUGGAAGAAGUUCCACGAGGCGGGCACCGAGAUGAUCAUCACCAAGGCGGGCAGGAGGAUGUUCCCCAGCUACAAGGUAAAAGUCACAGGCAUGAACCCCAAGACCAAGUACAUCCUGCUGAUCGACAUCGUUCCUGCGGAUGACCACCGCUACAAGUUCUGUGACAACAAAUGGAUGGUGGCAGGGAAGGCCGAGCCCGCCAUGCCAGGAAGGCUCUAUGUCCACCCGGAUUCUCCUGCCACGGGGGCCCACUGGAUGCGGCAGCUGGUCUCCUUCCAGAAGCUGAAGCUGACAAACAACCAUCUGGACCCCUUUGGCCAUAUCAUCCUCAACUCCAUGCACAAGUACCAGCCACGGUUACACAUCGUGAAGGCUGAUGAGAACAACGCUUUUGGCUCCAAAAACACGGCCUUCUGCACCCAUGUCUUCCCAGAGACUUCCUUCAUCUCGGUGACCUCCUACCAGAAUCACAAGAUCACACAGCUGAAAAUCGAGAACAACCCUUUUGCCAAGGGGUUUCGGGGCAGUGAUGACAGUGACCUGCGUGUGGCCCGACUGCAGAGCAAAGAAUACCCCGUGAUCUCCAAAAGCAUCAUGAGACAGAGGCUCGUGUCCACCCAGCUCUCGGCCAAGCCCGACGUCAGCCCCCUGCAUGGCGCACACCAGGCUCUCCAGCACUACCAGUAUGAGAAUGGGGCGCACAUGCAGUUUGCCACGGCAGAGCCCCAGGACCUCCCCCUCAACACCUUCCCAACCCAGAGGGACUCCAGUCUCUUCUAUCACUGCCUGAAACGACGAGAUAGUGCCCGCCAUCUGGACUUACCCUGCAAGCGAUCCUAUCUGGAAGCUCCCUCUGCUGUGGGCGAGGACCAUUAUUUCCGUUCUCCGCCUCCCUACGACCAGCCGAUGCUCAGCCCUUCCUACUGCAGUGAGGUGACCCCGAGAGAGGCCUGUAUGUACUCGGGUUCUGGGCCCGAGAUCGCUGGGGUGUCCGGGGUGGAUGAGUUGCCCCCACCCCCACUGAGCUGUAACAUGUGGACGUCAGUCUCCCCGUACACCAGCUACAGCGUUCAGACAAUGGAGACCGUACCUUACCAGCCCUUCCCCACGCACUUCACUGCCACCACCAUGAUGCCUCGCUUGCCGGCUAUCUCUGCGCAGACCUCCCAGCCGCCAGGAAACACCCACUUCAGUGUCUACAACCAGCUCUCACAGUCUCAGGUCCGAGAGCGGGGCCCGGCCGCCUCUUUCCCGAGGGAGCGCGGCCUCCCCGCCGUGUGCGAGAGGAAGCCACCCUCGCCACACCUGAAUGCUGCCAACGAGUUCCUGUACUCUCAGAGCUUCUCCUUGUCCCGGGAAGCUUCCUUGCAGUAUCAUUCAGGCAUGGGGACUGUGGAGAACUGGACUGAUGGAUGA